AGAGGGUGGAACAUUUGAGCUGUCGGUGGAAGCUUUGUGGGUUCCUACUCUAGGGGGCAGUAAGAGGGAUGUGGUUGUGCUUCUUAUAUUGAGGUUGAGGCACUGUAGUCUGAGGAGUGUGUUGAUAUUGGUAGGAAAGGGUUGUGGUAGGUAAUUGUUUGGUAAAUGUGGGGUUCUGGAGUCAGUGCUUCAUGUCUCAUUGCAUUAUAGGGUGUAUAGGGCUGAACGGAGGGUUUUAGGUUAGGGGUUGGCUGGGUGAGUGGUGCAGCAGGUCUACUUUCUACGAACUCUGGCUGCUGGAAGGAGAUAAGUGUUUGGUUGCUUGGCUGGUCCACCAGUUAUGCAAAGGGGGUAUCCUGGAAUGUGCAUUUAGAGCAGUGUUUAAUUCCGCCUGGGGAGAGUAGCAAUUGGUGUCUAGUCUGCCUCACAUUUAAAAAGAUGUAGCCUAGGCUAUGCUUGGACCGUCCAGUUGAUAAGUGUAGGCCUUCAAGCCUUACAAUUGAAUGCGAUACAUCAAAUCUAAAGAAGAAAAACAAGAAACGUGGUAGAUAGUUUGCAGGGCUAUUUUCAUGUGUAUUUGGAUGACUGGGGUGGGCGUUAGGCCGUAGGUGUUUUGUUUAUUUUUAUUUAUUGAGUUGGCCUAACACUCCCGAACAGUAAGUGGCGGUAAUGUACCUCUCUAUGUUGCAAUCUGCCAUUAAAACACAAAGAAGAGUAAGAAGAAACGUGUAGAUCGGCAGUAACCAACAACUUCCCUUUCCAGUAAUUGAGUUGCUCAUAUCUUAAUAUAAUCUACCAAAAAGAACUGUUUUCGAUUGGUAUAUUCAUUUUACUUGUUAAAUAUCGUUAGUCUUAAUGGCGGAAGAGCGUGUGAUGGAGAAAAUGAAGGAGUUGCAUUUGGACAAAGAGAAACAGUGUGGAGCUUCUGAAAGCAAAAGUGGAGCAAAGAAGGCCAAGAAAUCUUCAGGAGACAACGUGGGCAAGUCUGAGCUGUCCCCACCACCCCAGUUUAUCGAUGAGCGCCUGCGUCUGUAUAGCACCCUAAAAGCUGAGCACGAUGCUCUGAUGGCUAAGAGAGCGCUGGAGGACAGCCAGCCCAUCAAGGUCACCCUGCCGGAUGGCAACGUGGUGGAUGCUGAGUCAUGGAAGACCACACCUUACCAGGUGGCAUGUGGGAUUAGCCAAGGUCUUGCUGACAACACAGUAAUAGCCAAAGUCAACAAAGUUGUGUGGGACCUUGAUCGACCAUUGGAGGAGGAUUGUACCUUGCAACUACUGAAGUUUGAUGAUGAAGAGGCACAAGCUGUGUACUGGCAUUCGAGUGCCCAUAUCAUGGGUGAAGCCAUGGAGCGUGUGUAUGGGGGAUGCCUUUGCUAUGGUCCUCCCAUUGAGAGUGGCUUCUACUACGACAUGUUUCUUGACAACGAGGGUGUGUCAAGCAAUGACUUUCCUGGCCUUGAGAACUUGUGCAAGAAGAUCAUUAAGGAGAAGCAGCCUUUUGAGAGGUUGGAAAUUAAGAAGGAGACUCUUCUGGAAAUGUUUAAGUAUAACAAGUUUAAGUGUCGCAUCCUGAAUGAAAAAGUUACCACCCCGACCACCACAGUCUAUAAGUGUGGGCCCUUGAUUGACUUGUGCAGAGGGCCUCAUGUGAGGCACACUGGGAAGAUAAAGGCUCUGAAGAUCCAUAAGAAUUCUUCCACAUAUUGGGAAGGCAAAGCCGAUAUGGAAAGUCUUCAGAGGAUUUAUGGAAUCUCCUUUCCAGAUCCCAAGAUGCUGAAAGAGUGGGAGAAGUUCCAGGAGGAGGCCAAGAAUCGAGAUCACCGCAAACUCGGCCGGGAGCAGGACUUGUUCUUCUUCCAUGACCUCAGCCCAGGUAGCUGCUUCUUCCUUCCCAAAGGCUCCUUCAUCUACAACAGCUUGAUGGACUUUGUCAAAAGUGAGUAUAGGAAGCGUGGCUUCCAGGAGGUUGUGACCCCAAAUAUCUACAACAGCAAGCUGUGGCAGACCUCGGGCCACUGGCAGCACUACAGUGAGAACAUGUUCUCAUUCGAGGUGGAGAAGGAGAUCUUCGCCCUCAAGCCAAUGAACUGCCCAGGACACUGCCUCAUGUUUGACCACAGGCCGCGCUCCUGGAGAGAACUGCCCCUGCGACUGGCUGACUUUGGUGUCUUGCACCGUAACGAGCUCUCCGGGGCACUGACCGGCCUGACCCGUGUCCGCCGAUUCCAGCAGGAUGACGCCCACAUCUUCUGCACUAUGGAACAGAUUGAAGAGGAGAUUAAGGGUUGUCUGGACUUCCUGCGUACUGUGUAUGAUGUGUUUGGAUUCACAUUCAAACUGAACCUCUCGACCCGACCAGAGAAGUUCCUGGGAGAGCCAGAAGUUUGGGACCAAGCCGAGAAGCAACUGGAGAACAGCCUGAAUGAAUUUGGAGAAAAGUGGGUUUUGAAUCCUGGAGAUGGUGCCUUCUAUGGACCUAAAAUUGACAUUCAGAUAAAGGAUGCCAUUGGCAGAUACCACCAGUGUGCCACAAUUCAGUUGGAUUUCCAGCUACCAAUCCGCUUCAAUCUCACCUUUGUCAGCCAUGAUGGAGAUGACAAGAAAAGGCCUGUGAUUAUCCACAGAGCGAUCUUGGGUUCUGUUGAGAGGAUGAUUGCCAUUCUGACUGAAAACUAUGGAGGGAAAUGGCCUCUGUGGCUCUCUCCGCGUCAGGUAAUGGUCGUACCUGUGGGACCAACCUGUGACGAAUAUGCCCAGAAGAUACAACUGGAGUUCCACAGUGGUGGGCUUAUGACUGAUGUGGAUUUAGAUGCAGGUUGUACUCUUAACAAGAAGAUCAGGAAUGCACAGCUGGCUCAGUAUAACUUCAUUCUGGUUGUGGGAGAAAAGGAGAAGACGAGUGAGACAGUGAAUGUCCGUACCCGUGACAACAAGGUCCACGGUGAGCGCAGCGUGCAGGAGUGCAUGAAGCGCCUGCAGGAGCUGAAAGCAGCAAGGAGCCGCAUGGCUGAGGAGGAAUUCUGAACCGGCAUACAGAACUUUGUUCACAAACAUCCAUUAUUUGGAGAAGUCUGUGCAGUUUUGUACACUGUGGAGAAACUUUUAAUCCAGAGACAACUGUAUCUGUUAAACUUGAGUUGUCUGGUUCAUAUUAUAUUCAGUUAAAUCAGUUUGGCUACAUUACACCUUUCAUGUAAAUUGUCAGGAAAUCAUGUUUGAUCACAUUUGACUCUUUUCCCAGUAUGAUUCUUUCAUCCUGUAUGAGGAUCUGUAAUAAAAUCAUAAAUAAAACACGUUGACUAAUA